AUGCGGAUACAAAGAACAUUAUUUGAAAAAUUGGAAAAUCAGCCGAUUUAUAUUGACGUAGGUGAUCAAUCACCCUUUCCCGAUGAUGAAGACUCAUCGUCACAUUUUAUGGAUAUUGGAAAAUCAAUGAAUAACUCUUUUGAAUCUCCCACUACUUUGAGUGAUUUGUCGGAAGAGGAUCUUCCCCCUCAGAAUAGUGGAAUUUCGAAUUUAACACUUUUCAACAUGACUGCUCAGCAGAAUCCGUCAACAGGGUUUAUUCCAACUGAUGAGAACGAUCUGGAUGAAUUUUUAACACUUGAGGAGGCUUUUAAUGAGCCACCUAAAAGGACAAGAUCUGUCAGAAGGAAGAAUAAGCAAUCUACGACACCUCAAAAACCACUUACAUUAGAAAGGCCAUUAAUUAUUCGAGAUUCAAAACCUAGUACUCAAACUGUUGAAGUGGUAGUUCCUCCCCUCUCUCCAAUUUCGUCAACCAAUUCUCAUCAAACAAGUGAUUCACAUUUUAGCCCAAUUGCAAAAACUGUAACCUUCUCUUUCGAACCAAGUGAAGAGUCACAAGUCACAACUCCAAUGGAAGAACAGGAAGAUGAUGAAGAAGAGGAGGAAGAAGAUGUAAACUAUUCAGAUCUUGAUGAAGACGAAAAAAACAAGAGAGCAAAUUAUAUUACAGAUCUAGACAAGAAAUCAAUUGGAGAUGCUACUAAAUGGACUCAUAUCAAUGAAAGUCCAGAUGAUUCAGGAAAACUUUAUGGACAUGUCGAACCUGUUUUCACUACAUAUGAAAAACGUAUUCAAUGUUCCAAGUCAAAGACCCAUCGUCCACCACAGUGUGGUAUUUUCGGAAAUGGUAACAAUGGAGAGGCUGCCGAAUCAAUUGUUGCAUCCUCUAUGGGUGGAUAUGGUGAUGAGGAUAUGGGAGACAUUAUGAUUUAUACAGGACAGGGUGGGUCAGAAACAUCUGAUCAAACACUUAACAGUGUGAACAAAAGUUUAACAAUCAAUAUGACCUCUAAAACUCCAGUAAGAGUUGUUAGAGGAUUUCAAUUGCAGGAAAAGUAUGCACCAAUAAGCGGAUAUAGAUAUGAUGGACUGUAUUGGGUUACCAACUAUUGGAAAGAACGCCAAAUUCUCCCCAAUGGAAAGAACGGUGCCUAUGUCUAUAAAUUCAGAUUAGUGAGACUCUCAAACCAACCAACAAUUCCAAUACACAAAGAUGCAGAUACAAAGAAGGUUAAACUGAAAAAACUCAAACGAUCUGAAAUCAUUAGCAAUUAUAACAGCGAAAGAGGAACAGGUAAAUCAAGCAAGAAGAGGAAAUCUACACGCUCUUCAUCCUCCUCCUCAACAGAUGAAGCCUCCUCCACAAAAACAAGAAGAAGGAGACCACAGAUCAAUUACGAGGAGGUAAAUGAUGACAUUCCAUUGGAUGCUAUUGAGGUUGAUGCCUCCCAACAAAAUCAAUGCAUUUUAACAAGAAGCUACAGUGGAAAAGGAAACUCUUAUUUGAAGACACCCAUUAUUGGAAAUAAUGAGUAUUACUAUUUUAAAGAGAGAGAAACAGCCAUUAACAAGUAUUCCUCCAAGUAUGGAACUGUGACAAGUCAAUAUGAUAGGGCAGAGCCUUCCAAAGAUCAUCGAAGAAGGUUCUUUUCCAAUCAAUAUUCUGGAAUCAACAUCAGAUCUCUGGAAACUCCUAUCGUUCAUUGGCAUGGAUCUUCUAGCGAAUUUACUGAAAUGCCUCUCCAAACUCGAAAUGAACCAGAUGGAAUAUUUAUUGAAACUGUAGAACAGCAAUUACAAUAUGUCUACAAGCAUGGGCAAUCUAUUGGAAAUCGUUUGGAUCAGGAACAACAAGUUGAAAGGAUAGUCAAAUGUAUGCUUGAACAAGUCAAAUCCUCUAAAAAGGAAGAAACAACCUCCAGUAUUCUCCAAGUAGCACCACCAACAGGUACCGUCGAGCCUUCCUUACCUACCAAUGGAGAUUCAAUGGAAAUAUUGAAUGGAACAGGCGAAGAUAUAUUGGAUAAUCCUAUCGAAAAUCAAUAUAGACCAUUUACAAUCCAUACCAAAUCAAAUGACAGGUCAUCAUUAAUUGCCACAUCUUUUAUGCUUUCAGAGAUUGACACCAAAAAAUUUGCUCAGUUCCUUACGUUUCACGCCUUUGGAAAGAGAAAAUUACAUAAUGAAAAAAUGUUAAGCUAUGAAGAGGUCAUUGCUGCCAUUGAAGAUUAUUUGAAAAAUGAAAGGGAACUACUCAAUAUGGAAAUUAAGGACAAUAACAAGAAUGAAAAGGGUGAAACUAUUGAUAUUCUAAAGCUUAGAAAGCAGCAUCACUUUGAAAGAAUCAGAAACAUAAUGAAUAGGAUAGAGGAGUGA